AUGUCUGCACCAAAUAACAUCAAAGAGUUCAAUGCACAAGUAAAGAGAACAAGUGAAAGGUUGAAUGGUGGAUCCACCUUACCAGCAGACGCUCAGGCAACAACCGGGAACCAGGAAGAAAAUUCUCAUCCAACGAAUACCGGGGGAGAUAACCCAGGAAGCCAGUCAGCGGCUCCAAGAGGGAAAGGCGCCAAAGGGAAGAAGGCGACAACUUCCGCAACCUCGACUAAGGAGCAAGGCAAUAACGUCAGUGCGGCAGACCAGAUUACGUCAGGCAGUCGGAAUGGCAACCCGGAAGCCCCAGAGUCCUUAGUGGAGAAGCAAAUCCCCGACAGCUCUAUAGGCGACAAGACCUUACCUGGCAAAGAAGCGGCAACAGAGUCAAGUACGACCAAGGUUGCAGACGCCUUACCUGCCAGCACCGCCAGUGGGAACAUGCCCGAACCAGGAGAAGCCGCUCAGAAGCAACCCGCCUUGGCGUCGCUGAUCGCGCCAGAGGUGAUAGGCAAGCAAACGGCCGGAAGUACAGCUUUACCAGUGGUCGUUGGCCAGACGGCUCAGUCGAAGUUCUUGGCGAAUACCAAUACAAUCCUCACGAGAAUCAACGAGUGCUCCCCCGAUGCAAUCAGGGCGUGGCUGCAAUCCAAAGGUUACGACCGAGUUGCAAUUAACCCAGCUGGAGCUCCUACCGCGGCUGCGAAGAACCCCUCUGUUGUCGAUCCAAGCAACGCCCAAACCGGGACUAACGCGUCACGUGCAACACAAGAAGAGUCUGCGUUAGCUGCGAGAGCGUCGACCACCGCGAUCAAGACAGCGACCAAACCAGUCACGUCCGGGAACGGUCAAAGCUUUGGUAGACCUACCCCCCGGUCGCAGAGCUUCUCGCAACACCAAGCUUACACGAGCACUCCAGUGUAUGACGGACCAGGCGGUUCCAAUACCAACUUCAAUGAAGGAGGACGGUUCGACCACCGCAACAACCGUCCAAGAAACAGAAGAGGCAGUUGGCACGGAAAUCAAGGUGGACGCGAACGUAGCCCCCAAAGACGUAGAUUUGGUGGAGGUGGUGAGGCCUGGCGUAAAGAAGAGAGGCGGGAUGACCGUAGAGGUGACGACCGGGAAAACGGUGGACCUGCUGGAAAGGCAAAAGACAGAAAUGCAACUACUUCUUGGAUUUAG